GGCCGCUUAUAAAAGAUGUGUCUACGUGGAAAAAAGUAAGGCAUUUUAGUCCAUACACUUCACACCUUUAGUUCACACAAUCUUGAAGCAGAAAUAUUUCAACUAAAGGUGGGCAGGGUAGUAUGUACAAGUUCACAAAGUUUUUAAACACUCUAAAUAUUUUAGGUGUGGUGUGAUUGGAAGUGCUGUCAAACGCAAGCUCAUGGAAAAUAAAAGGGAGCAGACAGCUAUGGGGGGCGGAAGACAUCGGCAGCAUAGUUUUACAGAUUUGGAGGAGGGAGUGAUAAAUCUAGCAGAGUUAGAAGUCUGCACCUCAGGCUGCAAAAACACAGUUAGUGUCGGACUACCUGAAGAUCCUCAGGAAAAAGGCCCCGAAACCGAUGCUGAUGUGUCCAUGGUGUCGGAAGCUUGUGGUUCAUCACUGCCACGACGUACUUCCACUCCACAAAAACGAACGGACUCGGAAACAUUAAGCGUACUGAGAGAGCAAGUACAGAUGCAAAAUGAAUUUUAUGGAGAAAGCAAAGAGCAUUUUAAACGUCAGGAAGAGAAGUUGGAGGAUAUUGCAUCAAGUGUCCGCCGAUUGUGUCGACUAACAGAUAAGACGUACGAACUAAAAAAGUCUGAACUUGCUGAAAUGCGACGACAUAACCUUGCGUAUUCAAUCUUGGUUGCUGAAAAAAAUAAAGCAAGAAAUGUUAGAAAUAGAGCUAAGAAAAUUAGAUUUGUUAGAUAAAAAUAAAAAAACUAAGUGUGAAUAAAAUAACUAAAUAAAGAAAUAAAAUGAAUU